CUGCCACGGAGGGCGUUACGCAGGAAGAAGCGGGCAGCCGCUGCGACGCCAGAAGACACGCCAACACCGCACCAUGAGGACCACGACAGCCCUGCUCGCCGCCUUCUGCGCAGCCGUGCUGCUGGCCGCGGUUCACGCCGACGUCAGCAUCGAGAUCGUCACCGAGUGCCCGCAUCAUCCAGGACAGUGCUUCCACUCAAAGACGGGCAACUUCUACAAGAAUGGCGAGAAAUGGCGUGUCCCAGGAGAAUGUAGGGAGUACAGCUGCUCGUUCCCGCACAUUAAUGGUGUAGGGUGCGGUACGGUGGGCACGUCACCUCCGUGUCAGGUGGUGAGUGGUGAUACGUCCAAGCCGUACCCAGAGUGCUGCCCCACCGUCAAGUGUCCAUAGAGGCAGUCUCUGACUCGUCGUCCACAUUUAAUUACUGUUUUCUGCUUCAAUAAACCAACUGCAUGUACCAGCCACGAAAACCAA